AUGUUAACGAACAAUUAAUAUACCUAACUUCCAGUUCAAUCUGUUCUAUAUCAAUAAUAGCCUUAAACUAAUUAGCGACUUCCUAUUUAGCAAUUUUAAUCACCUGUCUAAAUGAAAUUAAUAUCCCCCUAACCUACAAUGGUAUAUUAGCAAUAAGCAGCUUAGAGUCAAUUAUAUACAUAAUCAAAUCAACAUGUUAAAACAAUCUAAUAACAUCAUACGUAAUUAAUAAAUUAAUUCAAAUAGGCAUCAUACUCAUGAAUAUAAAAUUCCUUAAUAUUAGUAACCCAUAGUUACUGCUCCAUAAUAACCUAUUAUUGCUGCUCCUUCUCCUCCUUAAUAACCUGAAAUUAAUGAGAUGUAUCAUGUUGAAAGAGAAUUGUAAGUUCUCUCUGUAGAGGAUGUAGAAGAACCUUGGAAAAAGAAAUGUGUUGAAUUAGAAAUUAAAAUAUUUGAUUUGUAAACUGAAUUAGCCAGAUUUAAGAAUUAAGGAUAAGAAUUAAAGGUUACAUCAAAUGAAGAAUUUCAAGUAAGAGAAUUGGAAGCAAAAAUUAAAAUGAUGAAGGAUAUUGAGGAUGCUUUGAGAAAAGAAAUAAAUAAUCAAUAAAGUGAAAUUGAUUCUUGGAGAUAAAGAUAUUCCAAAUUAUAAUUAGAGUUUUAAUAAUUAUUAUAAGGAGGAGAAGAAGUUAGAUAAUUAAGGGAUGCUUUGGCCGAAAAAGAAAGACAAAUCUUGAAAUUAGAAAAUGCAUUAAAUUCUUAAAAUGUAGAAAUGCAAAAUUACAUGAGAUUAGUUUAGUAAUAGAUAUAUAAUAUAAUAAAUUAGAAAUAAAGAUCAAGAAAUUGCAUAAUAUAAAUAAAUGAUUAGACAACUAGAAUAAGAAAUGAGUGAAUAUUAAUAAACUACUGAAAAAUUGAAAUAUUAUUCUAAUGAAGCAGAUAUUUGGAAAGAGAGAUUUAUGAAAGCCAAUCAAGACUUUCACACUGCCCAAGAAUAAUGGAUGAUGGCCUAAGCUGAAUUAGAUUCUUUGAAAAAAUAAAAAACUAUGACUACUACUGAAAAAAUUACUACAAUAUAAUAAACUAAUACAAGAUCUAGUAAGGCUGGUGCCAGAUAAUAUUGAA